AGUGUUCGAUCGGCUCUAAUGAUCAGCGAAAACCAUGACCAACGAAGAAGAAGAAGCGCUAUCAUCGUGGCUGUCGGUGGUGGGCGACCAUCACAACUAACUGACCAGUAUUGACGGUAAUGAUUCCUUUGCGAGCGUACAGCAGCUACGACAGCAGCCAUGUCCAACCCUGGGAGACCGAGAUGUACUUCCUCCUGCAUCCGGCGAUCCUGGGAGUCUUGCUGCUGGUCGCCUCGGCAGCCAUUUGGUCCAGCGGAGUCUCCGUGGCACCCGGCGAGUUGCAGCCACCUCAGGGAGGGCCGCCGCCGUACUGGCUGUCAGACAUGGGCGGCACUUUGAAGCGAGAGUUCAUGCAAGAGCACACGGCGGGGCGGAACGAGUACCUGGCGUACGUGCUGGGCGUCUACACCGACCUCCGCGUGGCGCCGCCCGUCAUUCGUUUCUUGGUGGUGGCCAACGGGGAGGAGAAGAGGCGCCACUUCCCGCCCUUCGAGUGCCGCUUCACUUUCAGCCCCAUCGGAGACCCGCCACAAACGGGCGAUCCGGUGCGCGCGUCGUGGUCUCCCAUCGGACACCGAGGCGGUUUCGAACCCCUGCUUGUCACCUGCCCCACUCCCAGAAAUGGUUCGUUGCCCCAUCUGGUGUCUCUGGUAUACAUGGGCACAGAUGACAGCCGCUGGAUCGUGCCUCGCCAAGUGGAACGAGUCGCGAAGCGAUUCGGCACCAUCGCACUGUGCGUCACCGUCGGAGACGAGGACGUCGCGGGCCCGAAUCCCAGGAUGCUGGCCGAGUUCCUUGCCUUUUACGAAGCGGUUGGCGUCACUCGCUACAUUUUUUACCUUAAAAGUCCCGGCGCGGGCCUCAACUACCUUACCGCGCUGCAGCGAGAGUACAGGGAGACCACGAACGCCAAGGGCAGGCUGCUCGUGCAUCUGGACGCGGAGCAGCAAGACGACGAAGCCGUGACGAGCUGCGUCUACGAUCUCGUGCCGUCUCCUAUCGAGUACGCACUCGCGGUGACCCCCCGGGACUUUGUUGUUCCUCGGCGAGACGCCACUUUGAAAGGGUUCAUUCAGCGCAACCAAGGCGUCGGAGCCAUGACCUUCCUGAGGUACUCCUUCGUUGGUCCCCGUCCUGUGUCCCUGGGGAACGAGUCGACCAUGACCAGCCAGUUGAAGGUGUUGAGGAGCUCGCACGCCGAUCCCCCUGGCAUGACGUCGCGCGCGCUCGUCAAGGUCGCGGACGUGGUGCAGCUGGGCGCGCGCGGAGGAUUCAGCCUGCUGAAGCCUGCGAGCGCGCGCGUCGUGGACCCGCGGCUCGUCAGCGUGCACAGCUACGUGGAAGACUGCGAGAUAUCGCCGGAGGCGACGCUCUCCUACGACGACCGCGUGCUCGCUUACGGUGAUUUCAUGCGCCAGUCCCUGGCCUGGCGGCUGUACAUCGAGCGCUUCGGUGCCUGACAUAUCUGCAGGAAGGUGCUCAUACGGCUUCAGAUACCGUGUUCGCGGGUGUAAGAUUUCUUUUUAGGCAGUGAAUUCAUUGGCCCGCGCCAGCAAUUGUAAAAAAAAAGCGAUCGAGAACUUCA